UUUUGAACUCCAUCGCAGUACCUUGCCAUGUCUUUCUCUUGUCAUUAAAAUCAAGGAAACCAAAGGCGUUUAUCUGCCUUUUCAAGAUAAGAUGUAGGACAGUGUACCUCCAACUUGAUGUAAUGUACAAGUCAUUUCUUGUCAUCCUGGGAGCCUGGACCAUCAUAUGCCUGAUCAUUUACUAUGGGCUGAACAAGGUACUCCUUCCCCAGGGGAGCAAUCGACAUGCAAUUGACGACCCAGUCUCUGCUGUGUCCGAUGCACAUGCUCAUGUCCAUAGUGAUAGGUACAUCAUAUAUACAUGUGAUGGGACAUUCUACUGUGGGGGAUGGGCAGACCGACUCAAAGGAGUAGUAGCGGCAUAUCUCCUGGCUAAUGCUACCAACAGGAAGUUCGGAAUUCAUAUGACUGUGCCAUGUGACAUCUCAAACUACUUAUUGCCGAACUUGAUUGAUUGGCGGAUAGAUGUGUCAAAGUUGGGAAAUGACAGUACUUCUUUCUUUAUGGGAAUGAGCGAUGCUGUUUUUAUGAAAAAUACAGAGUUGAUGAAACUAGAGAAUACGUUUCCCCACAGAGUGACUUAUUUUGCCUUUAAUUUAGACAUUGUGCCCCAUUUGAGAAGAAAUGUUUUAUAUUCUGAUAAUUUUAAGUGGAUGGUUGGAAUGAAGAAUCAUGAAGUUUUCAGUCAUGUUUAUAAAACAUUAUUUCGCCUUUCUCCUGCACUGGAGGAGAAAUUGCAAGAGUUUAACAUGAAGCUUCCUCUUGGAUCUUCCCUGAAAUGUGCUCAAAUUCGACUUGGAAGAAAUCCUUCAAAUUUAAAUGAUACAGAAGUGAGAGGUUCUUAUUACGAUGUAAGAUUAGUGUGGGAUUUCUUUAGAGGCUUUCACUCUGGACAGGGGAGCCUAGAACACAGUCACAGUGACCACCAUCAUCACCAUGGCAACCACCAUCACCACCAUGGCAACCAUCAUCAUCAUCACCAUCAUUCUAAUAAUGAAAACUUUAAGAUAUUUGUCACAUCCGAUUCGGAGCAGGUUCGUGCUGAUGCAGCAAAAUAUUUUCCAGAUUUAACAGUCGACUUACCAGGUCCACUUGUCCAUAUUGAACGAUCAACCAAGGUUAAAGAAGAAAUGUGUGGAGGAUUUUCCAAAGUUAUCCUGGAUCAAAUUGUGUUAGCGUCAUGUGAAACUCUCAUUAUAGGCCAGAGUGGUUUUGGGGAGAUUUCCUCCUACCUGAGAGGAUCGGACUCCAAUCUGUAUUGUUUCCGUCAUUCAGCAUUGUACAGAUGUUCGAUGUCAAACUUUGAUGUCUCUGCAGAUAGGUUUACAAAACUACUUACAGUUAUGGCGUUUGGAGCUCUGCUUUUGACCGCUCUGGUGUGCUGGAUAUUUGCAGCUAAAGCAAGACAGAUCAGAAAAUGUAUCAGGAUGAAGUUGCUUCGCUGUUAAAGGCACUAUAUCACACCACACUUCUCUAAAAAUAAAUAAUGUAUUUCUCUCAAUAAUACUAAGUAUCAGCCCUCAGGGAAGCUACCAUAUAAUUUAUUCCAUUUUUUUUUUACAUAUUUAGAUUACAAUAUUAAAUUAAAAAGUUUGAAAGAAUUAAUGCAACGUUGUAUUAAAUUGACUCUCACACCCUCUACCCCCCGUACAUUAUUUCAAGUGAACCCCAUAGAGUUGUGUCCCUUGGAGCACUCUUUACGAAUAUCCUACACACAACUUGUGAUUGAAACCAGUUCUGCAAA